AUGAAUAAAGUCGAGAUCUUUGGCGAUUUGGCGCCGUGGGCUGAGCCCGCUUGGUAUACUACCUUGGCUUCGCCAUAUUACAAUGACAGUCACCGACGUCUACGUAAAGCAAUUCGAAGCUACGUUGAUGAACAUGUCCUGCCUUAUGAGGACGAAUGGGAGGAAAAUGGUCAAGUGCCAAAAGAAGCCGCAAUGGCUUUUACGAAGGCCGGUCUAGUGUUGCAAGAUUUCCCCCGCAAGUAUCGGGAGAGGGCAGGUGUUAAGUAUAUUGGCGGCGUAGCUCCAGAAGAUUACGACGUAUUCCACUAUAUGGUGCUGCAUGACGAGCUGUCACGCAUAAAAACCGGAGUACAGGCCGGCCUCGCAGGAGCGUCUUCGAUCGGCGCUCCUCCAGUACUUGCGCAUGGCACAGAAGCACAGAAAGACGCUUGGCUGCCCGGGAUAUUCACUGGCGAAAUUUCAUUCUGCUUGGGCGCGACCGAGCCUACUGGUGGCUCAGACCUGGCCAAUCUACGCACGACCGCUCAGAAAACUCCAGAUGGUCGGUACUAUGUUGUUAACGGACAUAAGAAAUGGAUAACUGGAGCACUCUCAGCUACACACAUGACCACUGCCGUGCGCACGGGUGGUCCUGGUGCUCAAGGAGUAUCGGUACUUGUGAUUCCUACAAAUUCGGAAGGAUUUUCGGCUAGAAAGAUCAAAAACAGUGGUAAUAAUGCUGGCAAUUCAUCAUGGAUAACGCUCGAAAAUGUCAAGGUUCCUGUGACGAACCUGAUAGGGAAAGAAAACGCAGGUUUCAAAGUCUUGAUGACGAACUUCAACAAAGAACGUUUUCUUAUUGCUGUGGCCAUGAAUCGUCAAGCACGCACUUGCUUGUCGACCGCUUUUGCGUAUGCACAGGAUCGCGUCACGUUUGGUAAACCCCUCUUCGACAAUCAAGUAAUCAGGCACAAGCUUGCCAAUGUCGCUAAGGAUAUUGAAGCGCACUGGGCGUGGAUCGAACAGAUUGCGUACCAUGUACAUGUUAAUGGUUGGACAGAUGAUGUGGCGAGUCGCAUUGCUAUGGCCAAAAUCUUUGGGGGUCGCAUGCUCGAAUUGGCAUGCCGAGAAGCGCAGCAAGUGCUUGGCGGCGUUGGAUACCAGAGGGGUGGGGUUGGUGGUGCGGUGGAGCAGAUCAGUCGAGAUUUACGUGUCAUGGUUGUUGGUGGAGGAAGUGAGGAGAUAAUUGGCGACCUGGCCGUGCGUCAAGAGCUCGCGUUGACGCAGCGGAAGGAGAAGUUGAAUUCCAGACUGUGA